CUCGACUCGCGCCACAGCGGCAACCUCCGGGCCCCGCGCCGCCACCGGAGCCCAUGGCCGGGACGCGCUGGGUGCUAGGGGCGUUGCUCCGGGGCUGCGGCUGCAACUGCAGCAGCUGUCGGCGUACCGGCGCCGCCUGCCUGCCCUUCUACUCGGCCGCCGGCACCUUCCCGUCGGGCGUCUCUGGUCGCCGCCGCCUGCUGCUGCUCCUCGGGGCCGCCGCGGCCGCCGCUUCCCAGACGCGGGGCCUGCAGCUCGGGUCCCCGGCCGCCGGGAGGCUGGCGGGUCCCAUUCCGGCCCGGCCCUCCGCCGCCGCGGCCGCAGCCGCGUCCUACUCGGCCCCGCGCGCCCCGCUGCUGCCGCGAUCGCUGGCCGCCGCCGCCGCGGCCCCGGCGCGAGGUUACUGCCAGGAGUCCAAAACUACCUACCUGGAAGACCUCCCACCGCUCCCUGAGUACGAACUGGGCCGGUCCAAGUUAGGAGAGGAGGUGGAUGAUGUUUAUCUCAUCCGAGCUCAGGGACUGCCUUGGUCCUGCACUGUGGAAGAUGUGCUUAACUUUUUCUCAGACUGCAGAAUCCGAAACAGUGAAAAUGGAAUACAUUUCCUCUUAAAUAGAGAUGGGAAACGGAGGGGCGAUGCCUUAAUUGAGAUGGAGUCCGAGCAGGAUGUUCAGAAGGCCUUAGAGAAGCACCGCAUGUACAUGGGGCAGCGGUAUGUGGAAGUGUAUGAGAUAAACAAUGAAGAUGUGGAUGCCUUAAUGAAGAGCCUACAGGUCAAGUCUUCGCCUGUGGUCAAUGACGGCGUGGUGCGUCUGAGGGGACUUCCUUACAGCUGCAAUGAAAAGGACAUUGUAGACUUCUUUGCAGGACUGAACAUAGUAGACAUCACUUUUGUGAUGGACUACAGAGGGAGAAGAAAAACAGGGGAAGCCUACGUACAGUUCGAAGAACCGGAAAUGGCCAACCAAGCGCUUUUAAAGCAUAGGGAAGAAAUUGGCAACCGGUACAUAGAAAUAUUCCCAAGCAGAAGGAAUGAAGUCCGGACACAUGUGGGAUCUCAUAAGGGAAAGAAAAUGGUGCCUUCUCCUGCUAAAUAUAUAACUGAGCCAGAAGUGGUAUUUGAGGAGCAUGAAGUCAAUGAGGAGACUCGGCCUAUGACAGCUUUUGAGAAUGAUAAAGAGCUAGACUUGCCUAAAGAGAUGUCAGAAAAACUGCCAGAGGCUGUUGAUUUUGGAACUUCGCCUUCCCUGCAUUUUGUCCACAUGCGAGGAUUGCCUUUCCAAGCCAAUGCCCAAGACAUUAUAAAUUUCUUCGCCCCGCUGAAGCCCGUGAGAAUCACCAUGGAGUAUAGCUCUAGUGGGAAGGCCACCGGAGAAGCUGACGUGCACUUUGAUACCCAUGAGGACGCUGUUGCAGCUAUGCUCAAGGACCGGUCCCAUGUUCGUGAGUGUCGCCUGCCGCUUUCCUGCCGCACUGCUUUGGUUUUGCAUUUGGGAAAUUGCGUUGUUUCAGUACUACUAACUUGAAUGUAAAAAGUCAAA